AAAAAAAAAACGUUUACCAAGUAUAGCCUGGUCUAAUGGUAAGUUUUGUGGUUGUGGAAUCAAACCCCACUAGAGACACUUUGGGGUGGGGAUUCCCUUACCUAUCCCCCCACUUUCAAAGUGCUUAACCUGCUAACCCAAAAAAAAAAAAAAAUCACGUUUACGUCAAAACUUUUAUUUUAAAAAGUAAACAAAACACGCCGUCAAUCUAUUUAAAUAUACUCAUUUUAGUCUCUACUAAAAAAUUGCCCCACUAAAAUUAUAUUCUUUUAAAAUUAUUCAAUUCAUUUAAGUUAAACUCAACUUAACUUAUUUUUCUACUCCAAGGGAGUUAACUUAAUUCAUUUUUUACUUUGAUAUCAGUUCAUUUUAUCUCAAUUCAGCGUAACAUCAUCCAUAUGACCGUAUCAUCACUCUCUCAGCCAUCCGGACCCAACGCCCUCGCAAAAGGACGGUUGAAAAUAAAAAGGCACAAUCAUCAUUCAUCAAACUUUAGCCGUCCCCAGCUGAGUCAAAAACUCAAAACACUAAUUUAAUUUUUACCCGGGAAAAACCCUUAAAAUUCAAAUCAAAUGAUACAGUAGAAAGAAACAAGAUAUUCAUAUUCCUCCAUUAAAACACACACAAAAAAAAAAUAAAAAAAUUCCAUAAUUCCAAAUAAUUCCUUAACCCAGUUCCACAGAAAUCGAAUUUCCCCAAAUUCUUUGAGCCGUUUAAACCACCUUUUUCAACGAUCAUCCUCCUCAAUAGAUUCCCUCCCCUUUGAUCAAUCCUUUUCUUUCUCUCUCUUCUCUUCUUCAUUCCUUUUUCCAAGCCAAGAAUCUCUUCUCUGUAUUUCUCCUUUUAUUUAUUUAUUUAUUUAUUUUUUUCUGGGUUUUGCCUUUUUUUUACGAUGCCCCCUUUCUUCAAUCUGUACUACUCCUUUAUUUUCCCACCCUUUACUUCUUUUUCUUCCUUUCUUCUUCUUCUUCUUUCCUUUUCUCUCUCUUCAAUUUUUGGGUCCUUUUCAUUCCAUAAAACCUCCCUUUCUCGCUUUUCGAUUCCCCCCUUCAAACUCCGGCGGUUUAUUAGCUUUACACUUCCAUUUUCAUGGCUGAUUCCACUGAAAUUCAACACUUUUCUCAGCCUUGUAUUUAUGGGCUUUCGGCUCAUCCGAAUACAGAGAAGAAGUCGCGGUUUAUGAAAUGGUUGAGUAAGAUUUUUAAAGGCAGUAGUGGCGGAGGAGGUGGUGGUGGGGGGUCUAGUCGCGGCUCAUCAGCUGGUGGUCGACAUCCACAGUUUCUCGAGGAUGAAAAUAUGGUUUGGCGGGCACCUUCUAGAUCAUUGGAUGAUCGGCCUAGAGCAAGUAAAGACCAGGAUGAGUUAGACCGUGCGCUUGCUCUCUCUUUGUCAGAUGACUUCAAAAGACCAGGUGGCUAUAAACGGCGCACAGACAAUGAUGACGAUACAGCAAGAGGUCUACAAGAUAGUCUGCAUAGACCUUCCUAUAUCCCCUAUAUGCCCACUUAUCCUGAUUAUCCUCCUUAUGAUCCAGUCCCAUUCUUUCCUAGAAGCUAUAGAUUAUGCAGUGGGUGCAACGGUGAAAUUGGGUAUGGAAAUUAUCUUGGAUGCAUGGGAACAUUUUUCCAUCCAGAAUGCUUUUGCUGUCGCUCUUGCCGUCUCCCCAUCACUGAGCAUGAGUUUUCUUUGUCAGGGAAGGAUCCAUACCAUAAAACCUGUUUCAAGGAGUUAACUCAUCCGAAGUGUGAAGUUUGCCACCAAUUUAUCCCAACAAAUGCAGCUGGUUUAAUUGAGUAUCGAUGCCACCCAUUUUGGACACAGAAAUAUUGUCCCUCACAUGAGCAUGAUCACACAGCUCGUUGCUGCAGUUGUGAACGUUUAGAGUCUUGGAAUACAAGGUACAUUGCCUUAGGAGAUGGAAGGAGUUUAUGCUUAGAGUGCAUGGAAUCUGCCAUCAUGGACACCGGAGAUUGUCAACCUCUCUAUCAUGCUAUCAGGGAUUAUUAUGAAGGGAUGAACAUGAGAAUUGAUCAACAAAUUCCCAUGCUUUUGGUUGAAAGACAAGCCCUAAAUGAAGCUAUUGUAGGGGAGAAAAAUGGCUUUCAUCACAUGCCAGAGACCAGAGGGUUAUGUCUAUCUGAAGAGCAGACUGUGACCAGUAUACUUAGAAGGCCAAAAAUUGGAGGACAUAAACUGGUAGGAAUGAGAACACAACCCCAGAAGCUAACCCGAAAAUGUGAAGUGACAGCAAUUCUUGUUCUCUAUGGUUUGCCUAGGUUGUUGACGGGUGCUAUACUUGCUCAUGAAUUGAUGCAUGGAUGGUUACGUCUUAAAGGCUACCGUAAUCUUAGUCCUGAGGUUGAGGAGGGUAUUUGUCAAGUGCUUUCGUAUAUGUGGCUUGAGUCGGAGGUGAUGCCAGGUUUUCGAAACAUGCCAUCCACAUCUACAGCUUCUACAUCUACAUCUUCAUAUUCAUCUUCGAAAAAAGGCAGGACUUCUGAGGUUGAGAAGAAGUUGGGUGAGUUUUUCCUGCACCAGAUUGCCCAUGAUGCUUCUCCAGCUUACGGUGGAGGAUUUAGAGCAGCCAAUGCAGCUGUCAAUACCUAUGGUUUACGUCGUACCUUAAAUCAUAUACAUCUCACUGGAAGUUUUCCAAUAUAAAGAACCAAGCUCCCUCCUUUCACCCCUUUCUCUUCCUAUUACAUUCACUCUGACGGAUUUAACAUACAGGAUAGUUCCUCUGUUCUUUGGUCUCAACUCUCGAGUAUUCAACAUCAGCUGACUAUGGAAAUCUUAAAUUGAGUUUCCACCCUUGGUUUUUAUGGGGUCAUUUACACAUCACAUUAUUAGAUUCUACACGAUUACGUAAUAAACUGUCCAAGUACUGCCCGUAUAUUUGUUGAGAAGUCACUUGCAUUUUAUUUACUGUUAUUGUUAUCAAUUGAAUUACCAUGAUUGAUACGAUUAAGGAAUUCUGAACUUGAAUUAUUCUUUUGGAAGGAAGUUCUUCCAGCGCUU